GAAAAAAUCACAACUUUGAUUAAGAAAAAACAAGUGGGCAUAGCCCAAGGUUGUUUUUAGAUUUAGAAAACCUCUCAAAGUUUCCUCUUUUGUUCCAAAACCACCAUAGCCAUGGCUGUAAUAUCAAAGCAAGGGCACUCAUCGCCGGCUUUUGUAGAAACAGUGGAAGAAAUUAUGGGUAUCUACAAAACACUACCUCCUAGACCCUCCUUGGAAGAAGUUGAAGCGGCCAUGUCAGUUCUCAAGACUGUCAAUUCUGAAGAAGAGGCAAAGCUUGAGGAAAUCUCUAAGCAAGAACCACCCAAGGAUGUCCCGGAGGAGAUGUUUUAUGUGCUAAAAGAGGUGAAGAGGACCAUGGUUUUGUUUCAAAGCUUUGAACAGAAAAAAGAGGCCUUUCACCUGGUUGAAAUUGACAAGAUGCUUGAGACCUUCGAUGGGUUGAUACAAAGAACUUCUCUUUUGGCUUCUGGUGAUACCCAGAUGGAGAAAAGAGAUGGUUUCUCAGACCCAGUUGAGAAAAUUGAGAGAGAAAGUGUAAUCAAUUAUGGGAGCUUGGUCAAGAAAAUGAAAGAUGGAGAAUUGGAGAAAGAUAGCUUCAAGGGUUUUCGGAGGACUUCUUCCACAAAAGCUUCUUUCUUUUCAGGUAUAGGAGAGGAUGAGAAAUUUAGUCUUAUGAAGGUGGCAGCUGUGAUUGAAAACACAGCAAAAACUGGCGAAGUAGUUGUUGAUCUUAGGGGAAAGUUGAUGGACCAGAUUGAGUGGCUCCCUGUAUCACUUGGAAAAUUGUCGAGUGUCACCGAAUUGGACUUGUCUGAAAACAGGAUCAUGGCUCUUCCAGCCACAAUUGGUAGCCUGGGAGCCUUGACGAAGCUCGACAUCCACUCGAACCAACUAAUAAAUCUGCCAGACUCAUUCGGGGAACUAAUCACAUUGACUGAUCUUGAUCUCCAUGCGAACAGAUUAAAGUCAUUGCCUGCUUCUUUUGUGAACUUGACAAACCUCAUCAGUCUAGAUUUGAGUUCAAAUCACUUUUCACGAUUACCGGAGACAAUUGGAAACUUGAGCUCUUUGAAGUUACUGAAUGUGGAAACAAAUGAUCUCGAAGAACUUCCAUACACGAUCGGAAAUUGCUCAUCGCUUGUGGAGCUGAGGUUAGACUUCAAUCAGCUCAAAGCUCUACCUGAGGCUAUUGGGAAGCUUGAAUUCUUGGAGAUUCUAACUCUCCAUUAUAACAGAAUUAAGGGGUUGCCAACAACAAUGGGGAACCUUGUCCAUUUGAAGGAGCUUGAUGUGAGCUUCAAUGAAAUCGAAAGCAUCCCUGAAAAUCUAUGUUUCGCUGUAAGCCUCAAGAAACUUGACGUUGGGAAGAACUUUGCAGACCUCCGAGCCUUGCCACGGUCAAUUGGAAAUCUUGAGAUGCUUGAAGAGUUGGAUAUAAGUGACAAUCAGAUUAGAGUCUUACCAGACUCUUUCAGGUUCCUGUCAAAACUGAGAGUCUUCCGUGCCGAUGAAACUCCCUUGGAAGUUCCUCCAAGACAUAUAACUAAAUUGGGUGCUCAGGCUGUUGUGCAGUACAUGGAAGAUCUUGUCACUAAUAGGGGUGCCAAGCCUAAACCCUCCAUGAAAAAGAAAGGAUUUUGGGUCAAGAUUUGGGCGAUUGUUUGGCCUUUUCGGCGUAAUUAAUCCGACUUAAGCAUGUAAUUAACAAAAGCUUCAUUCAUGUUGAGUGACUUCUAUGAACAUAGAUUUCCUGUUUUCUUUUACUGAACUGCUCUUUAUUAUUGGUUUUUUUAUCAAGUGUGGUACUCCAACCCGUGUUGGUUUGUACAGAAUCAUUAUGUUGGAUGAUAAUAUUAUUCUUCAUUUAUGUAUUUGUGGCAAAAUAUUUAUUGUUUCA